CCAAAGAGAAGCUAUGUUUGCAUCUAUUCUACAGCAAGUGAGGAGUCGCUUCCCGAAAUCACAGCUUCUUCUUUUGUACCACUAUUCAGUGCUGCUGUGAAAAAAAGUUUUUCCCCAUAAGCUCUAAAGACUGCAGGUCACUGUGUUGCCUCCUCUUCUGCAACAACCAUGGACGAUUACAUUGUGACCACAGAGGACUACUGGUUAUUCGACUAUGACAAUUACUCAUUCUCCCCUGAAACCAGCAAGACGUACGCAGCCCCCUGCCCCCAUGAGGACAUCUACGCUUUUGCGCAGAGGUACCUGCCCGUGGUCUACACCCUGGUCUUCUUCCUAGCCGUGGUUGGCAAUUCGCUCGUUCUGUGCGUGAUCCAACGCUACCGCAACUCCAGCGGUGGCGGUGCCUGCUCCUUCUCCCUGACCGACACCUUCCUCCUCCACUUGGCCAUCUCUGACCUGUUUCUGGCAUUCACACUUCCGCUCUUCGCCACGCAGUGGGCCUACCAGUGGGUGUUUGGUGAGGCGGUCUGCAAGCUUUCCGGCGCUUUGUUCUCGCUCAACCGCUACAGUGGCAUCCUCUUCCUGGCAUGCAUCAGCUUCGAUCGCUAUUUGGCCAUCGUGCACGCCAUCAGUUCUGUAUGGAAGCGCAAAACCUGCCAGGCCCAGGUGGCCUGCGCCUUCAUCUGGGUGUGCUGCCUGGGACUCGGAGGGGUGGACAUCAUCUACAAGCAGGUGAGCGAAGUGAAACUCAUAGAUGGGCGGGGUCCGCUCCUUUGCCAGGUGUGGUUCACCGACAAUGCCGCGCAGUGGCAGGCAGCCCUGCAGCUUAUCAGUGUGAGUUUGGGUUUCGGACUCCCGCUGCUGAUCAUGCUUUAUUGCUACAUCCGGAUCUUCCGCUCGCUCUGCAACGCAACCCGCCGGCAAAAGCGCAAGUCCCUCCAUCUCAUCGUCUCCCUGGUGUCUGUCUUCGUGCUAUGCUGGGCGCCAUUCAACUGCUUCCAGCUAGCCGACGGCCUGCAGAGGCUGGGUGCAGUGGUCGGAGGCUGCCAGUUUGGCCGCGUGGUGGACAUGGGCAGCGUGAUCACUGAGAGCAUUGGGCUGUCGCACUGCGCCCUCAACCCGCUGUUGUACGGCUUCGUGGGUGUCAAGUUCCGCAGGGAGAUGUCUCGUAUGUGCAAGGGGCUGCUAGGGAAGGGAGGCUGGAUCGGAGCGGAAGAAUGGAGGGACAGGAAGAGGAAAACCACUGGCUCCUACAGCUCCGCCGAGAGUGAAAACACACGCUACUCGGUCAUAGUAGGAAGAUGAUUCAGCAGUGGACAGGUAGCUCACCAAAUGUUGUGAAGAACAGUGCCACUUUUCCGUUGCGCAGUACUGCUGGACUUGGCUAGAAUGACAUUUCGACUAAGUUGAAUGCAAAUCUUCUAAUGUCUUCCUCUUCCAAAAUAAUAAUAAACAACCACAACAGGUAAAAAUCCAUCCAUAAUUUAUAGAGAGAGCAUAUAUUUGUUCUUUACUGCAUUCAAGGGCAUUAUCCAAAACCAUUUAAAAAUGAUCAGAGGGGAGUAUAUGUGUUACGUGUUCUCCUUUACAUUUACUUAAUUAACUUUUUGACAAAAAUGUACUUCUAAUAGUAAUUUUACUAAGCUAUACUUUUUGCUUCUACUUGAGUAGAUUUGUGAAGGAAAAAUGCAACUCUUACUCCUCUACUUUGGGCUACACAAGUGUCGUUACGUUCUUCCUCUUUAUUCAAAAUAUUAGAUUUAUUAUUUUUUUGCCAGCGAUGCCAAGAGUGUAUUACCGGGGUAGCUCUACCGAUUACACCAAUGAGACGUUGCAACAUUAAUCACGUGACUCCAUUAUACCAAUCAGAAGUAAGAUUGCCGUUAUUGCUUCACGCCAGCCUGUUCAAUCAUGUGGUGUCUUUAAAGCACCGUAAAAAAUGAAGUAUUUGAUAUAGAGCUCUGCCCUGAACAUGACUCGAAAGUGUGGAUUUUAAUCUCUCUCAGUUUUUAUUUGGCACCGAUUGACCACGGGAAACCGGAGCUAUGAUCCUUUUAAUUUCAAAAUAAUCAUUAUGAAGGAACUAUUCACUUUUCAAACUGGGAACUAUUUUCUCCACCAGAGGGCAGUCAUGCUUUUUUGAACGAAUGAUGCUUAAUCUAUGUAAUUUUUUUUCUCUCGUCGGAAUUCAAUGAUUUGUUUUUGUUAUUGUUGUAUUUCUGUGGCUUAAUGUAAUGGGUUAUUGUACAGUAUCAUUAUAACAAUAGUCCAUAUACUUUGUGCUCAGAGAAAAAAAUACCAUUGUUAAAAAAAAAAAAAAAAAAAUCCAACAAAAAUAUAAGCAGUGUUACUCACAAUGUUACUCAUUACUUCAGUAUUUUUUUUUUUUUUUACACCAAAUACUUUUUUACUUUUACUUUUCUGUACCUGAGUACAUUUUUUAGACAACUACUUUUAACAUUUACUUGAGUAAUAUUAUUUGGAAGUAAUGCUAUUCUUACUUAAGUAAAAAUGUUGUCAACCCUACCCACCUCUGAAAAUGACACUCAGACCGACUUGGAUUUACUUCUUCAUGUUCCUUUUAACUCUAUCUUCAUAUACUUCAUUUAGGGGGAAAUUAUUAUAUUUUCAAAACAAAAGUCUUUUUCAUGUGAGAAUAAUUGUAUAUCUUUGGAAAAACUUUCAACCUCAAACCUUCAAACUUUUUACCUUCAAGAAAAAAUUGCUGUAUGAACCAGUUUUGAAAACAACCACAACAAAAAAUUGUAAUGUUGUGACUGAAAAAAGUAAUCAAUUUACCAAUGAAAAGUUCUGAAGAAGAACUUCUGAAGAAGAAAAAAACAGUUGUAUAUUUUGUAUUAACAUCAUAAUGUAUAUGAAUUAGGGGGGAAAAAUUAUGAUGAGUUGCAUAUUUUUAGGAAAAGCACUGGGACUAAAUAUUUGCGAAAAAAGCCUCCAUCAGUGGAGUUGUAUAUAUUUUGAAGAACAAAAAGUCUUGCAUGUCUUAAAUAAGGAAUUAAUCUAGGGCUGUCAAACGAUUAAAAUUUUUAAUCGAGUUAAUUACAGCUUAAAAAUUAAUUAAUCGUAAUUAAUCGCAAUUAAUCGCAAUUCAAACCAUCUCUAAAAUAUGCCAUAUUUUUAUGUAAAUUAUUGUUGGAAUGGAAAGAUAAGACACACGACGGACAUAUACAUACAACAUACUGUACAUAAGUACUGUAUUUGUUUAUUGUAACAAUAAAUCCACAAAUGGCAUUAACAUUCUUUCUGUUAAAGUGAUCCAUGGAUCGAAAGACUUGUAGUUCUUAAACGAUAAAUGUUAUAGUUACAAGUUAUAGUAAUUUUAUAUUAAAACCCCUCUUCAUGUUUUCGUUUUAAUAAAAUUUGUAAAAUUUUCAAUCAAAAGUAGAGUUAAUAUAAUAAUAAGAAGAAUAAAAAUAAUAAUAAAAAUAGAGUGACCAAAGUUUUACGUGUAUUUUGCAUAGCUAUUUGGAUAUGGAAUGCCAGUUCAUUUUGCAUUGUUGUUUAAGAAUAGGGCCUCAUUACUAUAGACUGAAGUGCUUGUCUUUUUGUGAAUUUUUUUUUUUUUUUUUUUUUUUGGAGAGAUAGGAAUAUUAUUUUUGUUGUGCUUUCACUAAACGAUACUUACAUUGGGGAGGGCAAGUAUUUGAUACACUUGUAUCAAAUACUUGUUCUCCCCACUGUAUGUUUGUUGUGAAGGAGUUGCCAAUAAACGGCGCGGUCCAAAGAACGCCUGUGUCCACUCGCCUUUACUGUAUUAAAUAUAUCUGUACAUAUCUUACCCAAAAUACAACAAGAGACACAUAAUUGCCACUAAAAGAAAGAAAACUUACCGAAAUAUGUGUGGAGCACAAAUAGCAAUUUGCGUUGCAUUGUGAAUACAGCAUAAACGUCUCACAACUACUAAUUCUCCCACGUUUUGAAGAAAUAACAUGAGUAUGGAACGGCGCUGCCCCCAAGCGGCCGGUGGCAUUCUCUUCACUCUUAAUGCCCAUAAACGGCCUCAUUGUAUAUCUGUUUGAGGCAAUAUGCGAGAUGGUCAUUCACCCAAGCGCCAGCAGAGGGCGGCAAAACUCCAUAACAACAAGUGAGUUUUUCACUGAACAGUCAUUUAAAUAUGUCUGAGCGGGACAUCUGCGUCAAUUGCGUCAAAUAUUUUAACGUGAUUAAUUUAAAAAAUUAAUUAACGCCCGUUAACGCGAUAAUUUUGACAGCCCUAAAUUAAUCACAUUGGAAAUUGCAUCAAUAGUAAAAGCCUUGUUAUAAUUAUAUAUUAUUUUAAAGUUGUUCCUUGUAUUUUUAUAUCUGAAGAAAAUUUUGCCUGAGGAACCCCAAUAUCAGGAGGUUCUUAAAGUGAAUGGACAGAUGAGUCCAAGAAGGAAAAUACACCCAAACAAAAUCGGGUGAUGAAAGACUGGAAGAUGUUCUGUCUUGCUUCAUUUGCUUUACUCUUGCUUUAUUUUUACCGAGUGUGUUGUUGUUGUUUUUUUGUUGUUUUGUAAGGGAAAAUGGGGUUAAAUUGAUGGAUGAACGGUAAUCCUGCAAAAUAAUUCCGCUUCCAAAUGUAUGGAACUUAAUUGGGGAAUACGGACUGCACCUAUACAUUGUCUUGUGUGAAUAAAGACUGGAAAAUGUUCUCUGUAUC